CAACCAGUUGCAAUGUGACAUGCAGUAAAAGUUCAGACGGGAAUGCAACACUUUCCCAACUGAGAAAUAAAAGAAGUCAACGGUGUCAUGGAGCUCACGCGUGUUAUUGUGAUAUUGGCACACUUUGUAUGGCCUCUGUUGACUCGAGUCAUCCAUCUCACGGACAUGUACGGGACCAUCCAGUCCCCGAACUUCCCCGAAUCAUACCCGAAGGAGACUGAAAUACAGUGGAAUAUAACAGUACCGGACGGAUAUCAAAUCCGACUCUAUUUUAUGCAUUUCGACAUCGAGCCGUCAUACUUAUGUGAGUACGACUACUUGAAGGUAUACUCAGACACCGAGGAGUUGGCUGUGUUUUGUGGAAGAGAGAAUACAGACACAGAGCAUGUCCCAGCUGAUGAUGUCAUCAUGUCCUCAGGGAGCGCGCUCAGUGUGGCAUUCCAUUCAGACUUCUCCAAUGAGGAACGCUACUUUGGCUUUGAGGCCCACUUUAGCGCAGUUGAUGUAGAUGAAUGCAGGGACAGAAAUGAUGAAGAUCUUGUGUGUGAUCAUUUUUGUCAUAACUACAUUGGUGGCUUCUACUGUUCCUGUCGUUAUGGGUUCCUGCUUCAUUCUGACAACAGAACCUGCAAAGUGGAAUGUAAUGAAAGUGUGUAUUCAGAGCGGUCUGGAGAGUUCACCAGUGCAGAUUUCCCUAAACCUUACCCCAAAAGCUCAGACUGCAUGUACCGAAUUGAGCUUGAAGAUGGAUUUCAAGUCACUCUGGAGUUUGAUGACACCUUUGACAUCGAAGACCAUCCUGAUGUCACCUGCCCUUAUGACUUUGUUAAAAUUCUGGCCGGAGACAAAGAGUUUGGACCAUUUUGUGGCGAUCAGUCACCAGGGAAGAUUAAAACAGGAAGUAACAUGGUUAACAUCCUGUUUCACAGUGACAAUUCUGGAGAGCAUCUAGGCUGGAAACUCACCUACACCUCCACAGGUACUGAAUGUUCUCCUCCCUCGGCACCCCUUAAUGGACAGUUAGAGCCUCUGCAAUCUAACUACAUCUUCAAAGAUCACGUUACAGUGACCUGUGACCCUGGAUAUUCAUUGAGAAAGGAUGAUAAAGAAUUUGAGCAUUAUCAGAUUGAGUGUCAGAACAAUGGAAAAUGGAGCAGCCAUAUCCCACCUUGUAAAAUGAAGGAAUCUAAAAGGAGUCACCGUUCCCUACCAAGAAUUUUAACCAAUCAGAAACGAAAUUAGAGCUGGUAGCCAAUCACUGUCAACUUCAAACUGCAGUAUUUGAUAAACAACUUGAAAUAUAGGCUUACUGAGGCCAUUCAUUUUUUUGAAAUUGAAGUUUUUGAUACUCCAGAGUAUUCAGGUACUACUCAACACUUUUUAAAUUUCUCAUAACAAAGGUGCAUUCUUGAUUCUCUGUAUUUGUACUUCCUUUGCUUGUGGUUUAUUGGGAAACCAUUAAAGGGAUUGUUGAGAUUGAUAACAUGUUAUGGACAGGAGUUAAAUUGGGAUUUAUAAGGAGGGGAACCCUAAUAUUUUUUUUAUCUGAGGUGCUGGAAUGUGGUUCCGAACCAUUAUGGACCAAUUUAAAGGAAUAUUCUGGCUUCAAGACAAGUUACGUUUGCGGUACAGGGUCAGAGAGGUGAGGACUCAAGCGCAGAGUAAUGAAGGGAUUUAUUUAGAACAAAAACACAACAAAAACCACCCCUUAGGGUAAAAACAAUGUUACAGUAACAGACGACUUGUCAGCAGGUCUGAAAAAGGUGAGCCUCAAGGUCUGGUCUCAACAAGAAUCCCAGGGAUCUGCAGGAAAACAGACAUACACAACAGAACGCCACAACAGUGAAACAUCCAAUGAACUGAUACAGGACAGAGAAAACAGGGAGGUUAAAUAGGGAAGGAAGUAAGGAGGGUAACGAGGGAAGGCCAGUGAAGCAAAUUAACCAGUAACCAGGUAACAAGGGGGUGGGGCCUGGGAGUGAGACAUGAGAGCACAUGGCAAACAAGCCUGACAGAUGCCAUGUGCUCACACCAAACACAAUUACAAGACAGUAGAGCACAUGGCAACGAAACCAUCCCUGGCCAUGUGCUCAAACAAAAACGAGACAAGACAGGACAGGAGGACAUGGCAAGAGACUCUGUUGACUGAGCUUAACUUGUAUUGAAACCGGAAUAUUUGUAAUCCCUGGUUAUAUGUUAGUCUUUGAAUAGAACCUAACCUAAAUUUAGCGAAAAUCUUCAUGUAAUAAAUAUAUCUUUAAUUGAAUUAUCCAAGAAUUUUUGGUGAUUUACUUAAUGGACUAUAUCAAAUGAAUGUUCUGUUGAUGAUUCAACUCUGCGUUAUAAUCAUUGUCACUUGUGGUCAAUUAUCACUCUGCUUGUGAUAAACAUUAUCAAUAUUGCAAGACAAGCUCCAUGUCAGAGACAAGUUUACCUUUUCUAAUAGUGACAAUGGUGUUCGGCUGUGAAGUUUAGUUUAGGAUAUUGUCUUCCUCUACUGGUCAUUACUGUUAUGACAUGACUCAAGGCAUAACAUGUAAUUUAAGUGUUGUGAUCCUUACAGUUUUGUUCCUACUAUACAAGUUUAUAUGGCUGCCUUUACUCAAUAGUAGACAUUCAUAUGACUAUUUCAGUUCUCCAGACUGCAACUAAAAUAAAAAGAAUUGGCAAAUAGUCUGGGAUUUAAUUUAAUUUGGUGUCUUGUAGCCUCUGUGUCUCGGAUGCUCCUUCACAGUAAGGUAAGACAAAGAACAUUUAAUACUUUACAUUAGGGAUGCACCAAUGUAUCUAUCAGCUGCCAAUAUUUAUCAGCCAAUAAUUGAUCAAUUUAAAAACAUCAGCAAUUCGGUGAAAAUGCCUAUAUGAAACUUAAUUAUCAACACAUUUCUUAAAAACUCUUAAAAUUCAAAUGCAAAAUCCAGAAAUAAUGAUAGCCACAUGAAUGUAGAAGGGAUAGCACUCCUAAGAACAUGUUUAAAUUAAAUUUUAUACUUUCUUGUUCUCAAAUUAAUGAGGAAAAAACAUAGUUACAGAUAUGAUCGUUAAAAAAGCAGCACUUACCUAUACAUGAUGAGGUAAAACCAUCCAAAAAGCUUUGAAAUCAGCAAACUUAGCUUGAAAGGCUGAGUUUAAAAAUAGACUGCUAUCAGCACUUCAGCCAGCAUUGUGUAAGCAAGCGGCGCCCUCUAGUGGUCUGGAUAGCAUUUUCCAUUUUCCAUUAUACCACAAUAGAACUUAAAAGGGCGUUUUGCUCCUUUGGUAACUUUUUAUUUUUUCUUGAUGUGGUUGACAUUUCUAUGGAAUUGCCCAACAUAUGCAUAAUAUGAAUUUGUGAUGUUCUAUUAUAUACAAUACAAAAAUGUAAAAUUUGAGUUUUGUAAAUGUUUUAGAAGUAUAAAAUAAGCGUACAUCAGUCAACCCACACCUAAAUCACCAUGCAGUAUUUUGUUAUUUUCCUGCUAAAUGUUUAAUUGUAGAAGUAAAUGGCUCCGUAGUCAAUUUCCUAGGCUGUAUUUGGUUCAUUUUAAGACAGAAACAGAUGCACACAUAAAAUGCACAAAGGUUUUCAGACACAACAGAACUCCCUCACCUGUGGAAAACCCAUUUGGAAGAGUGGACAAAGACAAUUUGGUAUGAUCAACUUUCUCCAUUUGCAUUGUUUAUUUAUUCAUCAACUCCAAUCCAUCUUUAUCAUCUCAUUAGAACUAUGGCAUGUUCUAAAGCAAAAUCCACCAAUCACAUUUAACAUUCUUUUUAAACAUCCUGUGAGUCAUUGUAUUGUUGUCACCUCAUCAUGUUCAAAUAAUAGAUUUCAUCUAAUCUGUCAAACAAAUUAUAUCAUAAUUGUAUUCAUAACUUAAUUUUAUGUCAUAACUGUUAAUUUUAAUCUAGUUUUAUAAUGAUUAAAAUAUUCUUAAAUAGUAAUUUUUUUGAAGAUUGUCGUUUGUCAAUUUUAUUAAACAAAUACUCCUAGCUAAUAUAUAUUUAAAUUAUGACCAAUACAUUUUU